CCGCGCUCUCGGCUUCACCAUGUACCGAACGCUCCGGGUCCUCGCGCGUUCCGGCUGCCCGGGCCGAGCUCCUACCUGCGCCUCGGCUCCCGGCGUGAGCGGCUCGGCCGUCCUCCCGACCCGGCUCCCGCACGCCGCCCGAAUGGCAAGCCAGAAUUCUUUCAGGACGGAAUAUGAUACCUUUGGGGAACUCAAAGUCCCAAAUGACAAAUAUUAUGGUGCCCAGACAGUGAGAUCUACAAUGAACUUCAAGAUUGGAGGUGUGACAGAACGCAUGCCAAUUCCAGUUAUUAAAGCUUUUGGCAUCUUAAAGCGAGCAGCUGCCGAAGUAAACCAGGAUUAUGGACUUGACCCAAAGAUUGCCGAUGCGAUAAUGAAGGCAGCAGAUGAGGUAGCUGAAGGUAAAUUAAAUGAUCAUUUUCCUCUCGUGAUAUGGCAGACUGGAUCAGGAACCCAGACAAACAUGAAUGUGAAUGAAGUCAUUAGCAAUAGAGCGAUUGAAAUGUUGGGAGGUGAGCUUGGCAGCAAGAAGCCUGUGCAUCCCAAUGAUCAUGUGAAUAAAAGCCAGAGUUCAAAUGAUACUUUCCCCACAGCAAUGCACAUUGCUGCUGCUGUCGAAGUUCACGAAGUGCUCUUACCAGGACUCCAGAAGCUGCAUGAUGCUCUCGAAGCAAAAUCCAAAGAAUUUGCUCAGAUCAUCAAAAUUGGGCGUACUCACACUCAGGAUGCCGUUCCACUUACACUUGGGCAGGAAUUCAGUGGUUAUGUUCAACAAGUGAAAUAUGCAAUGGUGAGAAUAAAAGCUGCAAUGCCAAGAAUCUAUGAGCUUGCAGCUGGAGGCACCGCUGUUGGGACUGGCUUAAAUACCAGAAUUGGCUUUGCAGAAAAAGUUGCUGCAAAAGUGGCUGCCCUCACAGGCUUACCUUUUGUCACUGCUCCAAAUAAAUUUGAAGCUCUGGCUGCUCACGACGCUCUCGUUGAGCUCAGCGGAGCCAUGAACACUACUGCUUGCAGUCUGAUGAAGAUAGCAAAUGAUAUUCGUUUUCUGGGUUCUGGUCCUCGAUCAGGCCUGGGAGAAUUGAUCUUACCCGAAAAUGAACCAGGAAGCAGUAUUAUGCCAGGCAAGGUGAAUCCUACUCAGUGCGAAGCAAUGACGAUGGUUGCAGCCCAGGUUAUGGGGAAUCAUGUAGCUGUUACUGUUGGAGGCAGCAAUGGACAUUUUGAGUUGAAUGUUUUCAAGCCAAUGAUGAUUAAAAAUGUGCUACACUCAGCCAGACUGCUGGGGGAUGCUUCAGUUUCCUUCACAGAAAACUGUGUGGUAGGGAUCCAGGCCAACACAGAAAGGAUCAACAAGCUAAUGAGUGAAUCCCUAAUGUUGGUGACAGCACUCAAUCCUCACAUAGGAUAUGACAAGGCAGCAAAGAUUGCUAAGACAGCACACAAAAAUGGGUCAACCUUGAAGGAAACUGCUAUUGAACUUGGCUAUCUCACAGCAGAGCAGUUUGAGGAGUGGGUGAAACCUAAGGACAUGCUGGGCCCGAAGUAAUUUAAAUAAAUGUAAAUAAAAAUAAACACAUUAUGUCAAAUUUAAAAAGCCAGACUCCCUAUAUUUCUUAAACACAGAUUUGAAAGGAAACUAUGGUUGGACUUCGGUGUCUCUGGUAGAGCAAUCUCAUCAGUGUGUGAAACUCCAAGAUGUGCUAGAUGCCAAAUAAGUUAAAAUAAGUGUGAAAUAAAAGGUGAUGUAUAAAUUAAA